AUGGCAGCUGUGGGCUUUUUCGCGACGCACACGCUCGAAGCAAUCCAGCGGUUUAGGGAACGACCUCAUACAACCAUAAUUGAUGAGCUGGAGAGCGAGGAGCCAAUGGAUUUUCCCUCGCUGACGAUUUGCAAUUUAAACUCGAACCGCCUGUCGAAAUUGACCGUUGAUGAUAUCUUCCAUAUCGGGUUCAUCAACGGCUUAAUCACGAAGAACAGAACGUACUCUCCUUUUCUACAGGAUAAUACUGGCAAGACUCUCUCAGCCAACCUAAAGGAGAAAAUCGCAAAAGUCGUCAAUGGGUACCAAAGAUAG